CAACCCUUUUAAUUUUGUGAAGUCAGAAAUACGAGUAAUAGUCAUAUAAUAUUUUUUUUAUUCUGAUUAUAAAGACGAGCGCCUAUACAUAAUGGAAAAUACAGCAUGACUUUUAUUAAGAACGUAAACCGGAAGUUAAAGCGCAGUAAUAUUUCACACAACAUGGUUUCCAGCGGUGUACACAAACUGGUCUAAGACAGAAAAAAAAUGGAAUAACUUCUAAACAUGUAAUUUUCUGUAUGUGUCAGUGAGAAAAUCAAAAAAGAAAAUGCCUUCGACAAAGGUUAACCUUUCCCAAAUGGUCGAUCUGGCCUUGGGAUCACCAGAAGUAGGGUCUGUAAAUUUCAAUGUUCUUCACACAUUACUACAUGCUAUGCUUAAACGUCUAAAUAUUGUAGACGUACAAGCGGAUAUAAAUGAAUUUGAUCGGGAUUUUUUGUCAGCAUCUAAAGCUAGAGAGUUAUCAGUGCUAAGUGAUGUCGAUAGCGGUCGUGGAGAGGAUACAGAAGACACUCUUAGUGAGAGGUCGUCCGCAAUGCCUACUCCUAGUACAGGGAGAAAGACACCUUAUCAUCAUCUGGAAGUCAAAGUUGCUAAAUUACAGGAACAACUUGAUAACAUUACAUCAGUUCCAUCAAAUCAAGACUUGUUUGAAAAGACAAAAACACAAUAUGCAGAAAAACCGAUUGGUGAAAUGUGGAUGAAUAUGCAACUGAUGAGCCGCGUGGAAACCAAUGAAAAAGGAAUAGCAAAGUGUAUGUCAAUGAUUGAAGAUAUGAUGAAAGAAAUGCAGUCAUUGAAAGAUGCUAACAAAAGUCUUAUGGAUAAAGUAAAAGGGUUGAACCUUGAUGAUUUGAUGAAGAGAUUAAAAGAUUUAGAAUCCAAAAUGAAUGAUGUGAAUGACAGAUUUAACUUGUUGCCUUCGCCUGAUGACUUUGCCCAGUUUGUAACAUGGGCAGGACUAGAGGAUGCUCUUAGUGGUAUUAAAAAAGACUGGGAAAACAUGCAGCAACCAACAGAACGAGUUGUUAUAGAAAUGUCUAGUCAAACAGAAGCUAAACGACAAUUUAAGCCAUCCAGACCAGCAUCUUCUCGUCCAGGUACUCGUAUGAGCUCAGGAUCCACAGGCCCAUCGGAAACACUGCUGGAAAUUUUGGAAAAACUAGGCAGACUAAGUGAGAGUCAUGAUUCAUUGACCAAACGAGUGGAGAUUUUAGAGGAGGAAAUAAAAAACAAAUUAGACAAAGGUGCCUUGGAUAACCUCAAUGUUUCAUCAGACCUUCUGGAACAACUUCAGCAAUUAAAACAGGAAGUGGAUGCUCUAGCAGCAGCAAGAGAAAAGCUCGGUGGAGAAUCUGUUGCUAACACAAUGUAUGCCGUUGUAAAAGCAGCGAAAAAAUUUAAAGAAAAAAGACGUGUAUCAUUUGCAACAGAGAGUAGUGAGGACUCUGGGCUAGAAGCAAAAGGAGCAUCGAGUGCUGAACUGCUCUUGAUACAACAUGAAAAAGAAAUGCAGGCAAUAGCAAUGGAAACACUACAGAGGAGGGUAGAAACAUUAGAGGAGAGAUUAAAAUUGUUCCAGGAUAUGGUUAUACCCGAUCCAUUAGAAGGUAUAAUGUCAGAGAGUUCAAGUGAACAACCAUCAGUUGAAGCAAUAACAAAGAUGAGUAAAGAAGAAGAGGAGGAUUUUGAACAAGAUAUGUUGGAUAUAUUUACAAAGGAUCCAGGCCAUCGUGACAGCUCUGAUGGUUCAACUAUUAUAGUAGGAGAUUUAGUUAUAAGUAACAACAAGCUGAGGAUUUUAGCUUUCAUCCUGAAUGAUCAGCUUCACAAUGUUAGAGAUAAAAUAUUCAAUCUUGAUCAAGAGUUAAAAAAAAUGGCAAAGGGAGUAGAGUUUGCUCUUUUAAGAGCUAAAGUAGCAGGAAUGGGUGAAAUGGACAGUGAUGCCCUCGGCAGAGCACAGGCAGCAAUCCAACAACUCCAGGCUGAAGUAGAGAAACUCCAUGGAACAACCAAGGACAUCCUUGAGGAAAAUGCCAGCAGGGCUAAAGAAAUUGAGAAACUGUUUGCCUAUUGUGACAGACUUGAAGAGAACAAGGCUGACAAGGAAUUUGUCCAAUCAGAAAUGGAUGUUAAAGCAGACAAGAGGUCACUGGACAACAAGGUCAACCAUUCUUUGUUUGAUACAACAACUAAUGACAUCAACAAGAUGAUUAAAGAAAUAUUGGAUAAACUUGCAGGAAAUGAGGAAGCUUGGAACCAUCAAUGUAAAGUGUUUACUGAUGAUAUUGAAGGGAAACUAGAUCGCUUAGAACUAGAUCCACUUAAAGAAUGGUUAGAAAGUCGUCUGAAGGCAUUGAAUGAAAAACUGAAGAAACAAAAUCAAGCACCUGUAGAAUGGUCUGAAGAUGAUGCUGCUGGAAUUAGAAGACAACUUAUACAGAAAUUCCAUUGCAUAUCAUGUGAUCGGCCAGUAGAUAUUGUGCCAACAGGGCCAGUACCAUCAUUACCAACUCAUAAUGGACUACACCCUACAAGAUCACCUAGGCCUUACACUACUUUCGAAUUAGACCAGAUAAGACAACAUGCAAAGAGAUCCAAGAUGAGUCCCACGUUAAAACGAAUGUAUGCUGGUAUUGACAGACCAGGGUCUCGUUAUGCAAAUUCUGAGAUAGCUGACUACUAUGCAACAACAAGAUCAUGUGGUGGUCAACACACAACUACAUUCCCACAAAAACGCAUUACAAAGUUGUCACACCUGAGCCAUUUAUUCAGAGAAGAAGAGCAAUCUACCAAUAUUUAUCCACUCUACAAGGAAGAAGUAGAUGUACAAGGUGCUGAUGGAAACAUAUAUAAAGGAAGGAUGGGUCGUAUUGAAGCUAAACUACCUGUAAUGACAAAGGAGAGAAGCAUAGUGCAGAGAAUAGACAAAAGUCCACAACCAAUGAGACAACAAAUAACACGAGUAGUAAGACCAGUUUCUGCAAAACACUCUCCAAGGCCACCAUCCAGCAAGGGUGGCUCACGCCCACAAUCAGCACAUCCAUCAGCUUCACAGCAUGAAGUACCAGCGAAUGAGUCAUCACACACCACUCCUGCCCCGUCCCAAUCUCCUGUACCCCCAGAGGACAUACCACAACAGCAGUCUAUAGAAAUUCCAGCUGAGAGCUGAAGUGACAAAAGAUAUUAUAGAAGUGUAGUUAACUAAUUAGUUAUAACUGCUAAUUAUCAUAUCAGUUUUAUAAGAACUUUUAGAAUUUUAACUGAAAUGUAUGUUCUAAUGUGAGUGAUGUAGGUCUAUGCAAAGUAAUAAAUUCUUCACCUUUUAGUAAUAAACAUUCUAGAUAUAAAAAUUUUACAGCUUUUGAGUAAAUUUAUUAUUGUUAAGCACCUUGUUCAUUUAAUUACUAUUUAUUUAGAAAAUCAUUUUAAUGAUAAGUAAUUGACAUAGUUUAUGUUAUGUAUAUUUUUCUACUAUUUGUCUAGGUCUCUCUUGCUGUAUUUUAUCCUAACACUAAAAGAAGGGCAUUCAUGGUUAUGUGAUUACUUUGUUAUCAGAGCAGAAUCCACCAUUGGUAUUCAAAGAGUCGGCUAAAUUUUGCUGGGUUUAGAGACAAUGUCAGGUUUUAUUAUGGAAAUUGAUAGUUAUUUGAUAUCAUUUUUGAAUAUUUUCGUAAAUUAUUAAAAUAACAUUUUGUGAUGAAUGAUUAAGUGAAGAUUUAAGCGUGUGAUAUGUCGUAGGAUUGUGACACAGUUAGGAUAAAAUACCAAGUCAGCACUCUCACCUAUUUAUGUGCAAUGUGUAUACACUGUUUAGCAAUAUGUAUAAUACUUUAUAAUGUCAUAUGUAGUUGUUAUUGUACUAUGUUAUACUAUGGGACAUUUAAUCGGGUUAUGUAAUUUUCUGUUGAGAUAUUGAGACUAUAUGAGAUUUCUAUAUAUAUAUAUAUAUAUAUAUAUUGAAAAUGGGAAAUCAGUAUAUUGUAAACAAAUGAACAGAUAGGAAAUCUGAAAUUACAUAUUUCUCACAGAGCCAAACGAGAUAGGUUACAGUAUAAUUUAAGCAGUAUUAUUAAGUAAAUUUGAUUUAAUUGUUGUUGUAAAUUUUUGUUAAUUACUUAUUAACCACGGUGCACUAUUUUUUAUUUUUAUGUUGAUGAUCUUUUUCUUUUCAACAAAAAAAACAGAUUUAUUGUUUGUUUUAGCAAGUUUUCAUGUAAAAAUAUUCUUGAUGAAGUACUGUUUUGUGUCCUAAGUCCAUAAAAGAAAGUAUAUUGUGUCUAAAAGUCUUGUUCAAUACAUUGUUGCCUGUUUUUUAGAAAGUCUAUUUUACAAAUUGCCUUGGAUUUUGUACUAUUUCAUUUUCACUUAAAAGUAUAUUUUAUAGUCUUUGAUCAAUUAAAUGUAGCAUGAUAUAAUUAUUUUCAUUAAAUUUAUAAAUUAAUUUUAUACAAACACCUAUUUUAAUAGAAAUGUAAAUUAGAAAUAUUCUCCAUGCUGUUUUUUUUCUUGGUGUUUUUGUUUAAAGCUGGAAUUUGAUAUGAAAGAGAAACUUUAUUCUUUCAAUUUUUAAAUGUGAUAUUUUGUUUUGACCAUUCCGUCCUGUUUUUGUUGAUUUUGACAGUAUAUAAGAUUUUACGAGAUAUUUAUUGUUUUAAUUGAACUGUGAUAGUGUUUCAAUAUAUGUAGUUACUGUUAUCCUUUUGUUGAAGUUUCUCUGGGCUUUCCUUCUAAGGGAGAUAAUUACAAAUGUACACAAUUUUAUUCUUUAAAUAUUUUUUCUUACAUUAUUAAAGUUAAAAUGCUAAAUCUGAAGACUAACAAUUGUUUUAAAAUUAGUUUUUUUUAUAUUUCAGUAUUGAAAUUAUAUAAAAUUCAUAUGUUGUAGCCCUUUUACAGAUUUCAAUUGUAUGAGUUAUCUCCCUUCAAAUACUCCCCUUUGCUCAAAUUUCAUGGUGCUGUAAGGAUUUAUUUUACAUCAAUGGUUUGUUUACCAUUUCCAAGUAGUUCCGGCUACUCCUGCUAAGCGUUACAAUUUAAAACUAUUCACUACGAAAAUUAUACUAUGUGUGCAGUAUUUAUACUUGAAACAAACGAACAUUUACAUCAUUUUGUUUUUGGAGGAUUGGUGCCACAUUGGCAGUCUAAACACAUCUCGUAUUAAUGUUUUUAUUGAAGCAAUCUUGGUAAUGAAUAUUUAUACCAGUAAUAUAAUUUAAUUACAAUUUUUUCAUACCGAAAAAAAACACACAAAAAAACAGAAAUUAUGAUCAGUGUAAAAGAAUUAGGGAAAAUUUUGAUACUGCACUACUUGCUUUUUUGUAGAAUUUACACUUUAUAUACUUUUCAUGUAUCUUGAAUGUUGUUGGUUAAAAGUUUAGUGAAAAGUAAUUCUGUCUGUUUCCAGUUGAAAAAUCAAAAAAUUUAACUCUUUUCAUUUUGUAAUAAAAAUAUGCAAAUUACAACAAGUGUAUUUUACUGAUCAGAUGUGAAAUGAUAAAUAAUAGAUCAUUGUAGCAUAGUGUGACCAAAAUGCUAUAGAUAAAGAUGUUUGCCUUACACAAUAUUAUCUUGCACUACUGUUAGAAUAGAUCAUCCUAUGAUUUGUUAAAAUUUCCUGCAAAUUAAAAUUGAUAAAAGCAC